AUGGCUUUCACCCUGGACAUCGGCGACCGGGCGCCGGACUUCUCGCUGCCCGCCGUCGACGGCAAGACUUAUACCCUGGACGACUUCGCCGGCAGCGCGGCGCUGGUCGUCGUCUUCUCGUGCAACCACUGCCCGUUCGUGAUCGGCAGCGAGGACCGCAUGAACGCGUUCGCGGCCGACUACGCGCCGCGGGGCGUCGCCAUGAUCUCGAUCAACUCGAACGAGACCGAGAAUCAUCCCGACGACUCGUUCGAGCACAUGGUCACGCGCGCCGCGGAGAAGAACUUCCGGUUCGUAUAUGCCAGCGACGACGAUCAGAGCGUCGCCCUGGCCUACGGCGCGCUGCGCACCCCCACUAUUCCUGUUCGACGCGGACCGGAAGCUGCGCUACACCGGCCGCAUGGACGACGAUCCGCGCAAUCCCGCCAACGCGCGCACCCAUGA